GUGUAGUCUUCCUGUUUCCUUCAGCUGUGUCUUAAAGUAAAUCUUGUUGUGGUGCGGAGCCCUCAGCUCAGCGAGGCUGCUCCGCUGCUUGCAGAAAGAAAAGACAAUUACAGCCGGGGAGAGAAGAACGCCGCAGAAGAGCUGGUUCUCCUCCCCUCUCCUCUUUCUCACUCUCUCUGUCUCUCGUACCCUUUCUCUCCCACUCAUUACCCCCCCCCCCUCACACGCGGGCACUCUUGCUUUCACCCUCCCUUGUCCAGUUGCAAUAUUCAUCAGCAGCCAGAUUAUCAAGGCGAUCUGAGCAUUUGUAUGAGCGCGUUUUUCUCUCUUUCUUUUCUCUCUCUCUCUCUAACCAGCAGGGGUGGGGGGGGAAAGAGAGAGAGGGGGACUCAGUUUCUUCGCCUUUGGAACUGAGGUCCCAGGAUUCUUGAGCUGUGCCCAGCUGACAAGCUUUUGAAGAUGGCACAAUAACUGUUCAGUGAUGCCUGACCAUGACAGCACAGCCCUCUUAAGUAGGCAGACCAAGAGAAGAAGAGUUGACAUUGGAGUGAAACGGACGGUAGGGACAGCAUCUGCCUUUUUUGCAAAGGCGAGAGCAUCAUUUUUUAGUGCCAUGAAUCCCCAAGGUUCUGAGCAGGAUGUUGAGUAUUCAGUGGUGCAGCAUGCAGAUGGGGAGAAGUCAAAUGUGCUUCGCAAGCUGCUGAAGAGGGCAAACUCCUAUGAAGAUGCCAUGAUGCCUUUUCCAGGAGCAACUAUAAUUUCCCAGCUGUUGAAAAAUAACAUGAACAAAAAUGGUGGCACUGAGCCCAGCUUUCAAGCGAGUGGCCUCUCCAGCACAGGCUCAGAAGUACAUCAGGAGGAUGUGUGCAGCAACUCUUCAAGAGACAGCCCCCAAGAGUGUCUUUCUCCAUUUGGCAGACCCACGAUGAGCCAGUUUGAUAUGGAUCGGUUAUGCGAUGAGCACCUGAGAGCUAAGCGUGCCCGGGUUGAGAAUAUCAUUCGAGGGAUGAGCCAUUCCCCAAGUGUGGCAUUAAGGGGCAAUGAAAAUGAAAGAGAGAUGGCUCCGCAGUCUGUGAGUCCCCGAGAAAGUUACCGAGAAAAUAAGCGCAAGCAAAAGCUGCCUCAACAGCAGCAACAGAGUUUCCAGCAGCUGGUUUCAGCUAGGAAAGAACAGAAGCGAGAGGAGCGCAGACAGCUGAAACAGCAGCUGGAGGACAUGCAGAAACAGCUGCGCCAGCUUCAGGAAAAGUUCUACCAAAUCUAUGACAGCACAGAUUCUGAAAAUGACGAAGAUGCUGGUAACCUCUCUGAAGACAGCCUGCAUUCAGAAACACUGGAUGUCAGGGCGAGAGAUUCUGUGGGGAGGUCGGAUAAUGAAAUGUGUGAAUUGGACCCGGGGCAAUUUAUUGAUCGUGCAAGAGCUCUGAUUAGAGAACAGGAGAUAGUGGAAAACAAACCCAGAAAAGAUGGCCCCAGAGAAAAAGAUCAUGGGCCCAACUCUUUUCAUCCAGAAGGCAAGCACUUAGCUGAGACGCUAAAGCAGGAACUGAACACUGCCAUGUCUCAGGUUGUGGACACUGUAGUUAAGAUUUUCUCUUCUAAGCCUGUACGUCAACUUCCUCAGGUCUUCCCACCUCUUCAGAUCCCCCAAGCAAGAUUUGCUGUCAAUGGAGAGAACCACAACUUCCACACAGCAAACCAGCGCCUCCAGUGCUUUGGAGACAUCAUCAUUCCAAACCCACUAGAUACCUUUGGGAAUGUGCCACUGUCUAAUUCCACAGACCAAACAGAAGCACUGCCCUUAGUUGUCCGCAAAAAUUCAUCAGACCAGCCUGCCUCUGUCCCGCCUCCUGGCAGCCACCAUGCUGCUCUCCAUCAGUCUCCACUGUCUGCCACCACAGGGUUCACUUCAUCUUCAUUUCGCCAUCCCUUUCCUCUGCCCCUUAUGGCGUACCCAUUUCAGAACCCCUUAGGGGCUCCUUCUGCCUCCUUCCCUGGGAAAGACAGAGCCUCCCCAGAAUCCUUAGAUUUAACAAGAGAGACCACAAGUCUGAGGACCAAGAUGUCAUCACAUCAUAUGAACCAUCACCCUUGUUCACCAGCACAUCCUCCUAGCACUGCUGAAAGCCUCUCAAUAUCUCUCAUCAAGUCUGAAUGUGGUGACCUUCAAGAUAUUUCUGAAAUCUCACCUUAUUCUGGGAGUGCCAUGCAGGAAGGUUUGUCACCAAAUCACUUAAAAAAGGCCAAGCUUAUGUUCUUUUAUACUCGGUACCCAAGUUCCAAUAUGCUGAAAACCUACUUCUCAGAUGUAAAGCAUCAUUCAUCCAGAAGAAGCCCAAAGUGCUUUACAAACAGCCAAUAUAGGGAUCAUUCACCCACCACAGAAAGGCAACCGCUUCCGUGGUGGAAGGCAACAGCCAUUCGGGGUCAGCAACAUCACACACCAGUAGAUUUCAACAGAUGUAUUACUUCUCAGCUCAUCAAGUGGUUUAGCAAUUUCCGUGAGUUCUACUACAUUCAGAUGGAGAAGUAUGCACGUCAAGCCAUCAAUGAUGGUGUAACAAGCACUGAAGAGCUGUCUAUAACCAGAGACUGUGAGCUGUACAGAGCCCUCAACAUGCACUACAAUAAAGCAAAUGACUUUGAGGUUCCAGAGAGAUUCCUGGAAGUGGCUCAGAUCACAUUACGAGAGUUUUUCAAUGCCAUUAUCGCAGGCAAAGAUGUUGAUCCUUCCUGGAAGAAGGCCAUAUACAAGGUCAUCUGUAAGCUGGACAGUGAAGUUCCUGAGAUUUUCAAAUCCCCGAACUGCCUCCAAGAGCUUCUUCAUGAGUAGAGAUUUUCCACCGCUAUUUAUGAAUGUAUUAAAAAAAAGUAGCAGACUCUCCCUUUUUUAUGCCCAAGCUUUGUGUGAAUGUGUGUGUAUGUGUUUCUAUAUUAAUUUCAUAUAUGAAAUCAGAUCAGAAAUCCUUGUGAUUUCUUAUAGGUUUAGGUCAGUAAUAAGUGUAUAAUUAUUUUAACUCCAGCUUUUGUUUUAUUUUUGCCCGUGACUUUUAACAUUUUGGGAAAAAACAGUAUUGGGGCAUUUUCUUUCUCUCCUGGUCCCUUUUCUUAUCCCUUGAGAAGAAGAAUGUUUUGAAGUGUGUACAAGCCUAUCUAUCUAUCUAUCUAUCUAUCUAUCUAUCUAUCUAUCUAUCUAUCUAUCUAUCUAUCUAUCAUCUAUCUUAUUAUAUAUUACUCAUUACCUGGUUGGUUGUUUUCUCCAGAUGUCAUGGUAAAAUCCUACAGAAGGUGAUAGCCCUUUGUUUGUAUUAAAAGCUCUUAAUCCUAUGGGGGAUUUUCACAGCUAAGGUUUCUAAAUUUUUAGUUCAACUGCUAAUGAAGGAAGCGCACUUUUUGUGUAACUCCAUAGAAGAUAUAUAAAUCCUCUUUUCCUUGCUCAACUGAGAGCAAAAGACAUCUCUUCUAAGCUUUAUGACUUUCCUUUUAUGAGAACAAUAUAUGCCCUCAUUUUGGCAUCUUUUAUUCUACUAAAAGCAUGUGUUCAAGCUUUUUGAACCCUACUGUCAGGUUUUUGGGAGAGUUAUCUAUUUACUAUUUCUAUUGUUAGGAAGUUUGGGAAACAAUAGUAGUGGCAAGUUCUCUCAGAAGUCACCACAGAGUUGAAAGUAUGCUCUGUUCUGUUCCAUGUUGGGCUCACCACAUGUUAAAAGUGCUGGAUCCAAAAUAAAAUAGACUGGAGAUGGAACUGGAUGAAUCCAAGAUUCCAGAGCUGGAAUGCCCUCAUUUUUUGAUGUUUGCCUCAGCUGUAUUUAUCUAGCUAUGUUUCCCUUUCUUCUUUCAAGCAAGGCAAUGCUGUGCAAAGCAAAUGAAGGCAAGAUAAUUUGUAAGUUUGGCUAAUACAAUUCUGUGAUAUGGUCACCUCCUCAAAACAAUUGCAUGUCACUUUCCAUAAAGUAAAAAAAGAGUUGCUGUAUGGUAUUUGGUCUUAGUGGAGCAUUUUAAAUUAUUUUGUUGGUUAUGGGAAAAUAUUUCCUAUUGAAACCCAUGGAAUCCAAAAGGGGCAAUCCCAGGCACGUGUAUUUGGGGACUAAGUCCAGAAGUGAUUUCUAACCAGAUGUUUAUAGGAUGACUAUGAUGAAUUAUGAAUGUUUUAUUUUCACUGAAUUGUGCCCUUUUACUUCAUCACAUUGAACAGCUGGGCCUGGGCCAUCUUCUAAAUAGCAUUUGAUACAAAUGUAUUCUUCCCCUUCUCUGAAAUCUUUAGGUGAUGUAUAUAUUUGAUAUUUCAUAUUUUUACCUGAAAACAUGUUUUAACUACUUUUUCAUCUGAAAAGCAUUGUAAGAUAUGUUUGCUUUAUUCUCAAAUUACUAUGGCAAAAAUGACAUCAUCUCAGAGUGCAAGAUCACUUUCUAUGUAUUAGAAAUGGAACAGAAACAUUUUUGUAGAAAAUAUUGAUUAAAGGAAUAAACUAGGCACAAUGUAUACUGAAAGCACAACUCUGGAGAAAACUGUGCAUACAGUUAAGUGUUUAACUGUGCUAACUAACUUUCUAAGUUUUGAGCACGCUUCAUGAGAACUGGAUUGCGCCUAAACUUUGUGCAGAAUUUGUACUUUUGUCCCAGUGGCUAGGAAAAUAAAACCUAGUCACUUUAUUUAUUCCUCAGAUUUACACUGAAUAGAAGUACUAAAAUACUUUCUGUUCUACAGCAAAAGUUAGCGCUAAACAAAACAUGAGAGCAGUGCAUAAUGUAUUAAAAAUGGAGCUCUUCAGAGUUGUCCUGAUAUUUUCAAGAUAAUCUUUUGCAACGAAGAGCCAUUACUUCUGGCAUCUUUCAAUAAAGCUAAACUCAACGUGCUGAAUGCAGAGCUGCCACUGAAAAUUGCUAAUAUUUCCCUAUUUUCUAUGAUAUUAAUCUAAUUGCAUACUGAGAGCACGAUGUUUUGUGUUCCCCACCAGCAGGUUGAUGACACAAGGGCCGGCAAGCCCCAAACAUCCUAAUACCCCAACAUAAGCAAGUUCUUGCUGGUGAUGGGAGGAUCUUAUUUUAAGGCUGCCAUUUUCAGCAAGGACAGAAUAUGUUUACUUUUUGUUGGAUAAGAUUGUUGGUAUUUACUGGACAAGAAUGCUCAUUGAAGUCCAAAAUAGAAUUUCAUCUCAAAAUGACAAAAACAAGGUUGAUUUUUUUCAUUGAAAAGCAGAAAUAAGGGUGGUCUGGAUCUAGCUGAAAUGAAUUGCAACAAUCUGUCUAAUUCGAAAAAGAAGAAAACGUUCCCCUGAAUUUUUUUAUGCUUUCUUCAGAGGUAUCUUUUUUUUUCACAUUUUGGGAAAGUGGUAAUGUCUAGCAGAAUUACCUGUAUGGUGUGGCACAAUGUGGUUUGUCAUUUUCUGUGUCUUUUGUACAGAUGCAGUAAGAAUUUAUUGUUAUCUGGACUAGUAUUUAUCAUGUCACCUCUUGUCUCCUCCCAGGAAAUUGAAUCAUAUUCAGUCCUAAUUGACCACGGUGGCAGUUUUAAGUUCAGCAGAUAAUUUUCUUUAGGAUUCUCCUUUUUUCAUCCCUUUCUUAAAAUUGCUUUUUAAAGAAAAAACAAACACUUUGGAGAGUGAAAGUUUACUCCAUAUACAUUACGAUAAUAAAAAAAGCUGACCUAGUCAUUGCAAUGAUGCCUCAUUUAUAAAUAUUGCUUGAGAAUCAAAAAUGAUGAAAAGAGUUGACAGUAAAAAAAAAAAAAGCCUUAAAACCAGCAGAUUUUUUUUUAAAAAAAAAUGAGGGCACAGGCCUUUGUCUAGUGACAGAAACACACAGGGUUUCUCAAUACGCAGAAUAGCAGUUUUCUCGGUGCAAAAGCUUUGCUGAAGCCAGCAAGAUACACUAAAGCACACACUACAUGAAAGAAAAAGUCCAGUGGAUCUUUUCAUAUGUAAUACUUUAUUCUAGAUAAAAAAUAAAAUAAAACAUAGUUUAUUAAUCCAGGGAUAGGUUCCCAUAUUUGCUUUUCUUCUUGAAUGUUACUUUUGAUAUUUUUAUUCUGGUGUGCUCCCCGAUAUAUCUGACCUAAGGAACUGGUUUAAGAUCAGUAGGAUCUGAAAUCAUUAUUGGAUCAUAGUUUAAGAUCCUAAACUAACAUUAAACAACUGUUCCUUGUCCCUGAUGUAUACAAGGAACUUCAUAGUUCAAAUCAAAUUGAACUAAAUUACCAGAAGUAGUUUACAAAGAGAAAGGAUUAUGGGAAAGCAUAUCCACCCUCCCGGUAGUUGCUAUUUAUCCAACAGACAGUCCAACUUACGUCCUUUUAUCGUCUUACUUUGAAAGAAGUGGUUUAAAGUUUGCUUCUGCUAAAAAUUUAUGGAAAAGUACAGGAGGCUUAAAGAGAGAUAUUGUCCUCACAUUAUUACAGAAAGCUCUUCAACUCUCUCCAUAUUCAAAAUAGCAUGAAAUCUUCUAGUAGCCCACUUUAGCAAACCCUCCUACUGUAUUAUCACCUUGGCCAUGACCAAACAUACCCAACUAAAGCCAUAUUUAAUUUCUUAGACACAAUUUUGAAGACUAUACAUUUUUAAUUACCUUAGUGCUGUAAACUUUGUGCAGUUUGUCUUGAAAUGAAAUGGUCAUUUCAAACUCAAUGAUCUUUUAAAACUUAUGCCAUUUAUUUAUUUGAAACAUAGCCUAUAGAAAAAUGAGAGUGAGUGAGGCUUCAAAACGAUCAUAGGAGUGGGGAUAGAACCAACCAAACCUUGUUUUGUUUUUUUAAAAAGAUCUAUACCUGAUUAUUCCCUAGUUAUUUAAUGAUCAUUUCAUUGUGUUAGUUGUGUUGCCUUUGUGCCUCCCAAAGCACAUCAGAUUGAGCGUGAAAUGUCAAUUUUUGUUCUGUUUUAAGUAUAUUUUUUUCAUCCUCCCAAUGAUUUUUUUUUAGGAUUUCAUUUUUAAAGAAUAAAAUGAUCACCUUGUGCCAUAGAUUUCAUUGCCACGCUGAGCCACUAGAGCAGCACAAGUUGCUGAAGUUGUUGUACUAUGUCUUCUGUCCAUUUAAAAAGAAGAAGAAAAGGAGAAAAUAAGAGGAUAGCUUUAUUGAUUUGGAAUUUGGAAGCAUUCAGAUCAACAGUUCUAUGAAGCAAAGCCCCGUAAUCCAAUGUAUCUAAAUAUACCUCCUGGGAAUUUUUGAGAAAGAAUUGUGGUCAUUUCAUCUCCAUGAAUCUGACAUGGAUUUUUUUUUUUUUUUUGCAUGAGUAUUCUAAUUUUUGAUAAUGCUGCACCUGAUUACUGUUGAUUUUGUAGCCAGGCAUUCCUUGAUCAGCAUCUAAUGUCAGGAGACUGCAGCAAAAUAUAAAACUGACCCACGUCCAGCAAUAAUAAUGAUUCAAAUUGUCCAUAAAAUAUACUAAAAAUAAAUAAUGGCAGCCAUGGAAGUGUAGUCAAAGUUCUGCCUGUUUAUGUUCAAUGCAACACAUAGAAAAAAUGAGUGCCACAAAUAAGGCCACUAUUUUGACUUUCUUGAUCAUUCCUGUGGAUGUCCUUGCAGUUAUACCUCCAGUCCCAGUCCCCCCCCCCUUUUUUUUGUUAGCAAAACUGGAUGGGACUGAAUUAGAAAAGACAGAAUGUAUUUUUAAUAUAGGAAAAAGAAAUUAACAUAGAGAAAUUAAUUUAAAACACUUUUUAAAAAAGAUCUUGAAAUUCUGUGCUGACAUUCAAUUUUCUCCUCUUUCUCUAUUUUCCUUACUACAGAAACUGGAGCUUAUAGUGUGUGCCUAGACCUUAAAUGCACCAGCGGAAGGAUUAGAUAAAACAAAUCCUUCAAAUUACCAGUUAUUCUCCCUUAACCAGUACAAUUAUUCUUGUGCCUUCUGUGGCUUACAAUUUUCAUGUUUGGACCUUCCUUCCUCCACACAGUUCCCCAGAUGCAAUAAACACUGGUUUUCUCUCCACUUUUUUCCAGCUGUUUAACACAAUGUUGAUAGCUAUGCACAUUUUGUGUCUUUUUAAAGAACAUUAAAAACAAAAGCAGGAGAAUAAGUUUUUGAAGAAGAUAAUUUUUAGAACCGUUUGAUAAUGCAAAUUAUUUUUUCUCAAUCGUUUGAGCAGCAUUCAAUUUUGAAAAUUUCUUGUAGAAGCCAAUUUUUUGUAACAGUGGUGCAGAUCUUGUGUUUUCUUAGCCUAACAAACAGUAAUAUAGGAGCAAUAUUUCAUACGUAUUAUAUAUAUGUGUAUACAUAUACAUACAUAUAUAACCAUAUGUACACCUGCUAAUAUAUAUAAAGAUAUAUAUAUAUAUAUAUAUAUAUGUAUAUAUACUUAUACACACACAAUAAACGUGUGAAGUGAAAAGCUUACAUUUUUCCAAUGUAGAUUAAGAACCUAUUUUAGACAUUUCUUAUGCUUUGUGAGAAGAAUGUUCUAUUUGAAGCUAUAAAACACUUAAUUCUUACUGUAUCUCUGGUUGUGUAAUGGGAACGCUUCACAUUAAAUGAUUUUUAAAAAGUGAAAGAUAUUAGGAUGUAAUAAUUAUUUAAGGAAAUGUUCACCCAUAUAUUCUUGAGGUUUGCUUUGUGCCUCUGAAUAUUAUUUAAUUUUAAGUGUUUUAAGUUUGCAGAAUCAUUGUUACUGUACCGAGUAUGUGGGUGAACAUCGAUAGCCAAGGGGAACUUUUAUAAAGCAAUGUAUAUAUUCAGCUUGUGGCUCUUCUUGAACAAAAGGCAUAUGAUUUUAAUAACUACAUUCUGAGAACAUCUGUUAAAUUUAUAGGAAUUGCUGCAGUAACUGCAUAGAUAGUUGAAAGCAUUCUUUAAAACCCAGCUCAAUACUUUUUAAAGAUAGAUUUCUUUCAUCAUGUAUCCAGGAGAAGAGUGAUCCACUUUCUGUAAUAUUACAGAUUUUUUUCUAUGUGCACAAUGUAAUUUAUUGGCAAUGGAUUCUUCCCUCCACAGGUUACUAUUAAGUGAAAAGUAAAAGUGAAGAUUUUGUGGCUUUAAAUAUAGGACUUUCACCAGCAGAAUGGAAAAAUAUAAAUAUAUAUAAAAUAUAUAUAAAUAAAUAAUUAUAUAUAUAUAUAUAUAUAAGUGGUUUGCAAAUCCCCUCAAAGGAGCAUUGUACAUAAAAAGUAAUUUUUUUUAAUCCUCUUCUAUUUGUCAUGUGUAUUAUAUAGUAAUUAUUGGUGUUUAGUGCAAAGACUUCUUUUGGAUAUGUAUUCUGUGUUUGGAAAUUUUUAAUAAACAUUGUUUUUAAAAAGCUCCCCUUAAUGAAUGUAACUGGUUUAUAUUAAUAAACAGUUACUAUAUUGCACUUAAAUGUUCUGUUGAAGGAAAUACAGUUUUGUUGGUUAUAAACCAUUGAAAAUAUUAAGAGCUUGAUCUGGGAUAUAAACUGUCAAUUAACCUUUGAAUUUUCUUAGGGCUAACGCUGUUUCAAACUAUGAAAAGUAUAAAAUCUUCAGCUAUUUUCUCUACUCGGACAGCAAAAGAGUCCAAGAAAUAUAUGGUCAAAUGUGGAUGAGAUGGCAAGUUUAAAUUUUGUUCCCAGUGUUUUUACUCUAGACCAGGGUGUCAAACUCAAUCGUUUCACAUGACAUAUCGUGAUGUUUUUUGCCUUUGCGGAGCUGGGGUGGGCGUGGCCUGUGCGUGACGCAUCCAGCCUGCAGGCCGCCAGUUUGACACCCCUGCUCUAGACUUUGUUAAGGUAUUAAUAUAAUACUGUAGAAUUUAUUUAAAAAAUGUAAACAUACAUAUACAUUUUUACCAGGAAGAUUUUCAUAUUAAUCUGAACUCAAGAAUCAGAAAAAUACUGUACCUUUUUAAACUGGAAGAAUCAAAGGUUAAGGCAUAAAUAUUGCUGUUGUCCCAGCUACUUCUCACAUGUAUAUAGUUACAAAAGUUACAAAACACUGCCUUUAUAUUAUUUAGCAAUAUAUUGUAAAUAGCAUUAUCAAAGCUUUUUUUGUAAUAAAAACCCUUUAAUUUGAAGUUAGUACAAUAACUGAAAUAAUGAAUUCAAUUUUUAGAUUAUUUUUAAUUUUAUUAUUUAGAUAGAGGCAAUUUCAACUGUGGGGGGGUUUGUUGUUGUCUAUUGUUCUGAAGAGUUUGCAUAAUUUAUUGGUUUAAUUUAUCCUAAUUUAUUUGAUGGUGUACAAUUUUGUAUUGCCAAGGAUGUACUGUAAUAUUAAUUGAUGAUGUGAUAAAACAUGAAGACUCCCCUGUCUGUAUGGAGGAAAAAAAGGUGCAGUAGACAAUUGACUGAAAAACUUAUAAUUCUAGCUUGGCAGCUACUAAAUUGAAAAGAAAUCAGGAAAAAUGUUUUUUUUUGGGGGGGGCAGCUGGGGGGAACUCCUUUUUGUGUGUGUGUUUUAAGCUUUUGUAUACUCUCCAGAUCUUUACCUUUUUGCUUUGUACCACUUAAAGGAUACAGUAGUUCAAUUGCCUUGUGUGCCUUCCAUCUUCUCUAAAUUGAAUGUAUGUGCAGUAUAUAUGCAAGCUUGUGCAAAAUAAAAUAUAAAUUACAAGCUCA